AUGAAGGCAUACAGUUACACACCAAUUGCAGAUCUUCUGGUCGGCCUGACAGACACAAAGCAGCAGCAACAUAGCUUUCUUGUCUCAUCGGCAGCUUUAAGGAUGGCUUCGCCAGUAUGGAGGAAGCUGUUGGACCCGGACUCCAGAUUUGCGCCCUUACAAACUGUAUCAGUGGAUGGCCACGAUUAUAGAAGGAUAACCGUCGAGGGAGUUGAACCCGAAUCGCUUCAAAUACUAUUAGGCAUUCUUCAUUAUAGUACUGGAAACAUACCGAAGGGGCGGGAGCCAGGUCCUGUCGCCACAACUGGUUCCGCCUUCCUGAAAUUUAAUUUCUCAGUUCUUCGGGAUCUGGCGUUACUUCUUGACCAGUAUGACUGUGUAGCAGUAACUUCAUAUUUCGCGGAGGGCUGGAUUGAUUCCGGAAAAGGAGGAGAAUUGAGUUCCCUUUGGGGGCCGGACUAUGUUAGAGUUGGAUUUGAAGAUUGGAUUUUUAUAGCGUCAGUUUUCGGCCGACUUGAGCGCGUGGCAUGUGAUAAUAUCAUUCAGCUUGUUUCCAAAGAGUUGAUCAGAGAUAUUUGCGUGGAUACUAGCGAGUCCAACGAUAUACGGGAGACAAAGUAUUAUAGGUGGAAAGAAACCCAACUUGGGUCGAGGGAUGCCGGGGCAGAUAAUGGUUCUCAAACUGUACCCGUGAGCCAGCCAAUCGAAACCCGAGAGCAUGGGGGGAAAGAUUUCGACUUGGUGCACGUGAACUUAGAGAUGGUACCACAAAGGGUUCUAGACUUUAUUCUUGAACAGCGAUUAUCUACCAGUUAUAAAAUCCUCGCGCCGCUCUAUUCUUUUGUGCAAGAGCUGUUGGAUUCAGGGACUCCGCUUCUAAAUAUGCACAACGAUAAAAUCAUACUCUGCGAAAACAAUGAAUGUUCCGCAAUGGCUCUCGGAACACUGAUUCAAUCAUUGAAUCAACAAGGAUUAAACCAUCUUUUGACGAAAAAUCUAACAAAAGACGAACUUCUACCUCCGGGCCGAUGCUCUUUGCAAGAUCUUGCCCGAAAGAUUCAAGCGCUCCAAAUGACAACAUUCAAAAUACGUAAUAUCCACAGGAAAAUAGAGUCUAGCGACACUGAAGAAUCAAUAAAGAAUGCUGUUGCUGUCAAGCUGCGAUCCACAAUCGACUCUGACAUUAAGGUUAUGCGGACACCAUUAUCGUAUACUAACAGACCCAUAUUCCUACGAGACGAUCGGGAUAUCGCUAGUACGCAGAGUACGGCUAUUUGCCCUCUCGCCCUGAAGCUAUCCAAAAUAAAAGAAAAUGCUCAGGAAAUAAUGAACUUAGUAGAAGGCUACCAGAGUCUUGAGGCAUAG